UCCCCUCCAGCAUUGCUGUUGUCUGUGCAGGGAGCUGGGUAGAGGAACCCUGGGCAGACUUGCCGGGUACCUCCAGCUGUGAAAUAAGGAAAUGAUGCUGUCGCUUUCAUGCAGGUCCAGGGUGCUGGUUGCCCUGUAAAGGAGGAGGAGGGUGUUUGCUGGUAUUGAGGUGGUAGUAGGAGAGGCACGAGGUUUUGAUUAAGUGUGUGUUCCAACAGCGCGGCAGAAGGAAAUGCAAUGGCCUUGGCGUCCCUUGGUUUCGCAGUUCAAUUUCCCAGCUCUAGUAGUUAGUCAGAUGAAAUAGUAGGUCUUCGUUCGCCUCAGAUUGCUGGUCCAAACAGUAAUGUUUUUAAAGUAACGUACAUUAUCUCUCUACAAGUGGCUGUUUGGUCAGCAGUAGGUGAAGAUAGUUUUGAUGGACUUGUGAUAAGGUAAGGUGUGCCUAUGAUAAUGUCAAGCCACAUCCCUCUAAAAGCCCAAGUGACAUUUAAAUGCAGUAGAUGUUUACAGGUAUGCUUUGCUAGAUCCUAUCAAUGAAAAGUAACUAGGUGGGAAUGUCUUGCCUACAUCAACAAACCUGUCAACAGCCACAUAACAACUGCUUUGUGCCGAGGUCUCUGGUCUCUGCAGCAACCAUCCAAUGUAUAAACACAGAAAUGCUAGGAUUUGUGAAAAAUGUUCUGCAAGUCAGAUUUCAGAAGUCUUAGUUUUCUUAACAAGGAGGGCUACAGUGUUGUUUAUCAGUGCAACACCCAUGAACAUGUAAGAAACAGGAUGUCCCCAGAGCUGACUGUUGUGCUUCUUAGGAAGAUUCAGAAGACAGAUGAAGAAUGACCCUGUCUUGAGAGUGAGGCCUGUAUUUGAAUAGUUCUGGCUUAAUUCUGGAUUUUGCUGUCCAAGGAUUAUCUUCCUGGGUCGUGACAGUUUAUUAUCUGUUUGUGUUCAAUGGGACAACGAAUUCACUUUGUGGUUGACCCUCAGGGUUGGUGCUGCAUGGGCCUAAUUAUCUUCGUCUGGCUGUACAAUACAAUCUUCAUUCCAAAGGUCAUCCUUUUUCCUCAUUAUGAAGAGGGAAAUAUUUCAGUUGUGGCAGUUUUGUGUUAUUACUUCUGCUCAUUGUUUUGUAUAGCUUCAUUAUUUAGAGCCUCAGUAGCAGAUCCAGGAAAACUACCUGAAAAUCCAAAGAUACCAAUUACAGAACAAGAACAUUGGGAGCUGUGUAACAAAUGUAGUAUGAUGAGACCAAAGCGUUCACACCAUUGCAGUCGCUGUGGACAUUGCGUGAGGAGGAUGGAUCACCACUGUCCAUGGAUUAAUAAUUGUGUUGGUGAAGACAAUCACUGGCUGUUUUUGCAGCUGUGUUUCUACACUCAGAUCCUUAGUUCCUAUACGCUGAUACUUGACUUUUGCCAUUACUACUACUUUUUGCCUCUGAAAAAAGAAAACUGGGACGUGUUUGUAUUUAGACAUGAACUUGCUCUCCUAAGAUUAUCUGCCUUCAUGGGUCUAAUAAUACUAGGUGGAAUAAGUCGACUCUUUUAUACUCAGCUAAUGGGUAUUUUCACUGACACUACAAGUAUAGAAAAAAUGUCAAACUGUUGUGAAGACAUAUCGAGGCCCCGAAAGCCAUGGCAGCAGACCUUCUCAGAAGUUUUUGGCACUCACUGGAAGAUCCUGUGGUUUAUUCCUUUCAGGCAGAGGCAACCACUGCGAGUUCCCUACCACUUUGCCAAUCACGUCUAAACAGAUGGAUGGUGGGCACAGAUGGGUCCUCCAUGCUGGAAGUGCAUUACAGGUUUUAUGAUAAUAGGACUAUGACAAUCUUCAAGUCAAUUAAAAUCCAGUCAUAGGCAUCACAGUGUGCCCUGGGCAUUAUUUUAGUUAUGGUCUUGAUUUUAUUCUGAAAUCAAUGCAAGUUAAACAAUCAACUUCAGGCUUAUUUACUUUAAAAUUAGCUUUCCAAAGAGAUUCCUUUUGUCUUCAAGGUUAGUACCAGAAGUAAGCAACUGGAAUGUAGUCUUCAUCCAACUUGAUACUGGCUCUUUUUUU